GGCAGCAAAGUGAGCAGGAAUUCCAGCUGUGCCUUUUCUGACAUCGGUGCUGUUUGCAUACUUGCCUCUGGCUGUCCUGAAGAUAAGCAUCAUGGAAGCACCACGCUUGAUGGAGAAUGGAAAUACUCCACAGAACAGGAAAUGUUGUAAAGUAGUUUUAUAUACUUCAAUAUUUGUUUUGAUUAUGAUUUCAUUCUUGAUUUCUACAAUCUUCUAUUUGCUCCAUAAUGAACAGCCACGGGGGACGUGCUGGGCACAUGGACAAUUAAAAAAAUAUACUCCAACCAAAAACAGAGGUACCAUGAUCUGGGAAUGGAGCUUUGAAUACUGCCAGGGCUUGGUGAAGCAUUGCAACGAAUCCUUGAUGAUCAUGGAGAACGGCAACUACUUCAUCUACGCUCAGGUCAACCGCAAAACGGAGAUAAAUGAGUCUUUCAUGCUUGUGCUGUACAGAGAGCCAAACAUCGAUCUCAAUAGGGUUGUGGGGCCAAAGAAGGGGGAUGAAAAUGGUACAGUAAAUUUUGGUAGACCUUUUCGUCUGAAUAAGGGAGAUAAGCUGCAUUGUGAGAUAAAUGUCGAAUAUCCUGAAAGUAUUCUCCAUGGGAAUCAGACUUACUGGGGUCUUUAUAAAAUAUAGCAGGGUUCUGCUCUGAGUCAACUCCUCCCUUACAUGCUCCAGGAAACCUUAGGGCACUUAUCAUCAUGGAUUAAAAGCUUGCAAUUUCUCUUUACAUGAAGUUCAACUUGCUGGAGUGCAUGCCAUAGUAGGCUGGCAUCCUACAGCGACAGAGUAAGCUGUAAAACAAAGUAAAUAGCAAACUGUCAUAAUACUGGAUAGCCCUCGAUCACCACAAAGUACAAGAGAAAGAUGCUUCUGGAAGGAAGAGUCCUUGGUGCAUCACAGGAUCGACCCAAAGAUCCUGGAAAAACAGGUUUUAUUCAGUGUCCUGAGCUGAGGGGGAGUUCUGCUUUGUAGAUGGUUGCAUUUCAGAGCUGGGUACCUGCUGGAAUCUCGGUCCCUUCUAAUUAAAGGUGCUAUGCAAAACUAAGGUAUCGUAUAUCAUUCCUGCACAGCUUGCCCACAAAUGAUGCACUAGAGCCAGGGGAUGAAGCAGUUCAGAAUCAGCCUGUGGCAGAAGAAAAGCUUUUCAACUCCAUCUGCAUCUUUGCCCUCUUUUUGCUGCUAGCAAGGUAAACACCCCAUUGGAGUUUGCCAGGGGCAGCUUCCUCUUCUCACUUGGUUCAGAGCACAAGGACCUUUGCAGUCAAGCCCAAGCAGUACUGCUCCUCUUUGAAUUCAUGUCACAUACCAGCACUAGCUGAGCAGCCUAGAAACACAACAAAUGCUACUCUGUGUAUCUAAAUAUUGGAAAGAGAACUAAAAAGCAUGUAUGAGGGCAGUAGGCAUGGAGGGCUGGAGCAAUGCUCCUAGCUUUUUUCACUACACUUUGUAGCAAGGCAGGGCAAAUUCAGUCCUGACACAAAAUGGGAAGGGUCAAGCACUCCUCCUGCCUCUGUUCCACUCAGGCAGCCAUGUCAGUACUGCCGCAGGGUGGUGGGAAACAUGAGCUAGAAGGGGAGCAGCACACCCUUCACCUGCUUGUGUAAAACCAUGGGUAUCAAGAUGGUGCUUGCUUCAAAGCCUUGGGAAUCUACUCUGCUUCCUGGGAUGAAUGUCACAUCACCUGCACAGCACACGAAGGUCUCAAGGCCCCUGCAAAGGCAAAGCACCCUUGGAAAACCAGUCUGCUGUAUCUGCAUUGUGGCCCAGGUGCCCCACGUUCCUCUCCCUUGCCUGGGCAGGUUGUCCCAGGGGCUACGUGCUUUGCUUUCCUGACACCUGGACCUUCACGCUGUCAUGCUCAGAGUUGAUAACAGCCUUGUGGAAGGAUGUGCAUGGGAAAGAAAAGCAACUGAGAUGCAGAAUGGAAAUGAAUAGUCAUGGGGGGUGAGUUGGGGCAGUUAGUGCUGCUGGCAGCUUUUACAAUUUUAUAUUCCAUGCAUUGUAAUUCUAAAGAACCAAGAGCCGACCUCUUACCAGGACGUCUGUAGUCUUGACAUCUGUUUCAUGCAAUCUUUGACUGAUGAAAACAUUACUCUUGUUCUUACUUUGUUUGGUUGAUUUCCCUUAGUUUAAAAUAAAAAAAUCAUACAAA